ACAGCCAUCAUUACAUCAACGUGAAAUGUGCCCUAUCCUACUCCGAUUUACUGUAAAACCACAUGUGUAGUAUUUGGUGUAAUAUUUAUAUCGGGAACAGUACAGUAGGGCAUAAAUCUCUUUUGUCACUCCACUUUCCAAACGCGCGAGUUGUUCUUGAACGCAACAUCAAGUUAAAGCUAGUUUAAAAAAAAUCUUCAUUUACAAAUUGUGAAUCUUCGUACGAGAGUUAACUUAUUAAUGCGUGUAUUUAAAUUAAGGAUACUCGAGUGGUACACAAUAACAAGAUGCCGGACGACGACACCCUAUUCAUGAAUAUAUUCCAAGGGAAACGCGUUAAACUUACCCUCAAGACGUCGUCUUACCUCGGCGUUGUACAUCGUAUUAACUCCAACAAAACUUUGAUCCUCACCAACGUCAUACGUGGCUGUAAUGGAUGUGAAAUAACCGGAUCGAGAUUAUUCUAUGGUCACGAGAUUCUGAAUGUGGAGUUUACCAAUGAGGAGAACAUAGAGUAUGGAACUAUUACUGAAUGCCUUGAAGACCAGUUGAAGGUGGAAAACUUCCAGCCAUACAGAAAGACUCUUUACCCCACUGAUGACGAAGGUGAACAAUACAUACACUUUGAAGUCAUUGAUGGGUUUCAUGAGAAAUUUGGACCUGCUGUGAUGACUAUCAAGAAGCAGCAUGUGGUUGGUGUUGGAGGUGAUGGGGUGGAGAUGUACAAGAAUGGCCGACUGUGUUGGCUUCAGAUCGCUACAAAAAACAAGGUUUAUCUCUUUGACAUCCUAUCACUUGGAGCGAGGGCCUUUAAAAACGGUCUCACCAUGAUUCUUGAGAACAAGUGCAUACUGAAGGUUAUCCAUGACUGCAGAGCUAUUGCCGGAUGUCUGAUGGCACAAUUCGGAGUAAAGCUGACUAAUGUCUUUGACACUCAGGUACAAGAGGUGGCAGAUGUUUUGUGCUUCCACUCUGAGACAGGCGGAUUCCUUCCUGACAGAGUGAGCACUCUUCAGGAGGUGGUGAGUCUCCACCUGAAGGUGCCCUCGUCCCAGCUCUUGACUCUGAAGACCAAGUCCCAGCUCACCAAGGAGGAGACUGAGAUGUGGUACAAGCGUCCAUGUCCCUUACCCCUGCUGAAGGUGAUGGCGCUGUCAGUGAUCCACUUGCAACCUGUCAGACUGAUGCUGCUGGAUUCUCUCCUGACCGACUACAUGGCCCUAGUGGACGCCUACCUCUCGAACAGCCAGUACCCGCUUGAUUAUUUGGAGAGCAUGAAUCUGGAGAGUGCUUUUGAGUUACCCUCUGAGUUCCGGCUGCUGGAGCAGAUGCGUCGUGAGCGUCAGGAGCGUGCCACCAAACUUUACCCCAUCACAGAGAAAGGUCUGCUGUCUCGCGCCAGUCCUGGAGCGGCGUCCCCACCCCAGACCUCACCUCUGGCAGAGGGACACAAAUGCACACAGUCAAUCAUGGAACCAUCACCACCAGAACCAACAGAAGCAGAUCAGAACCAGCUCCCCCUAACUGUGAAUGUGGCCUCUCCGGAUCCAGUCCCAAACACCUUGUCAGAGCCGGUGAGUGAAAUGCCUUUCAGCGGUGUAGGCAGAGGGUGCGCAGCCCUAAUGAUGGGAGUGAUGGGUCGGGGGAGGCAUUUUGUGACCAGCUUCCCCCCUCCCCACUUUCAGCAGAGACCCCUUGAUUCAGAUACUAGCAGCACAGAUCCCAAGAGGGAGAAGUGGGAGCAUGGUAGUCUCUGGGAAUGAUGCAGCUCCUUUCCUGCUCAGAUAUCAAGAAACCAUACUUCAUGAGGCUCAAACCAAACGGAGCUUCCCAGUCAGAAUGUCACAAAUGUUUGUUGAGCCAUAGUUUGACCACUAGAUGGCAGUAAACAUUGUGUUUUGUUCAACAUCUGUAAGGCAUAACUUUUUUGUGGCGUGUGCUUUUGUAUUUGUUAAUUAGCAUGAUGAUGGUUGAGUUCUGUAUUAAAGUUAAAAUGCAUUUUUAGAUGUGUGGGAAGAGAGAUUAUUACGACACAAAUAUACUGCACAUGACUACCCACAACAUUAUAACCACUUGGCUCAAUGUACUUAGAUCCAUUACAAGAGUUGUUGGAAAUAUUUUUCCUCUACAGUGAUGAUGUGUGUAGGUAUUUGUAUAUCAGUGUUUAUUACUGUGGUGUAUUGAUGUUGUAUCAUAAUGAGAACUCCAGAAUAUUUUUGACAUCCUUUGAAUAUUGAAAAUAAAAUAUUAGACAGCUCUCAUUGUGCUACAGUACUUUUCUACAGCACUGCAUACUACAACCAACAACAACAACAAAAACACUGUGUUGUUAAAUGAAAAUGAAUAAAAACUGAA